AGGAACCCGCGGAGCAGACACCAUGAGUAUCUCAGCUCUCGGAGGCAGCAGCAAAGGCAAGCCUCUCCCAGCGGGCGAGGAAGAGCGCAGUAAUGUCCUCAAGCAGAUGAAGGUGCGAACCACUCUGAAGGGAGACAAGAGCUGGAUCACCAAGCAGGACGAAUCGGAAGGCCACACCCUAGAGCUGCCCUCUAGCCGCAGUCGUGCCACAUCCUUUUCUUCAGCUGGGGAGAUCCAGAAGGCCAGGCCUACGAGCACAAGGGCUCCCAGUGGCUAUAUCAUCCGGGGUGUGUUCACCAAGCCCAUAGACAGCUCGGCCCCGCCUCAGCAGCACUUCCCUAAUGCCAACGGAGCUCCGAAAAGCACCGCAGGUUUGGUGAGAGCGGCUCCCGCUGGGCCUCUCCGCCCCUCCUCCUCUGGCUACAAGAUGACCACCGAGGAUUACAAGAAGCUGGCACCUUACAACAUCAGGCGAAGCUCAACGUCAGGGGCUGCAGAAGAGGAGGACGUGCCGUUCUCUUCCGACGAACAGAAACGAAGGUCAGAAGCUGCAAGCAGUGUGGUGAGGAAGACGGCCCCCCGGGAGCGCUCCUACGUCCUGUCAGCAGCCAAGAAGAGCACCAGCAGCCCCGCCCAGGAGACGCAGGCGCCGUUCAUUGCGAAGAGGGUGGAGGUGGUGGAUGAGGACGGGCCUUCUGAGAAAAGCCAGGAGCCACCUGUUCUGGCGAGAUCCCCUCCUGGAUCCAGCAGUGUGGACGGAGGCCGAGCCAAAGUGUCUCGGGCGAUUUGGAUUGAGUGCAUGCCAACUCCGCCGAGCCCUGCCGGGAGCCGGGAGCCCAGCGCAAGAGGUGAGGAAAUCGUCCGCCUGCAGAUCAUGACGCCCGGGGUGGGACUCCGCCUGAUGGCCCCAGACCUGGAAGGAAUGAGGUCUUCCCCAGACUCCAAAGACAAGGAAGCCGCCAGCCCCAGAGAGCCCAAGAGAGACCUGGCUGCAGAGGAGGACUUCAAGGGUCCCAGCCCAGACUCUGAAAGGUCAAGUGCACAGUCAAGGGAUGGCAACGUGAGAUCCAGAGCCACCAGCUCCCCACUUGAAGGCUUGGCUGGAGCAGACAUCGGUUCUGGGAGAGGAGGGGCGUGCUCAGUUGCUGGCUUCUCCCCUCUCCUGGAUGAUCUGGACGUGCACGGUGCCAACUCUCAGCCUCGUAAACCUGGACCGGUGGCCACCAGCUCCGGUGCCACUUUGGCCUCUGCUGUCCCAGCUGAUAGGAAGAGUGACAGCCCAGCAGACCUGGUGGACAUGGAGGCAAAUUCGAAGGGCACCUCGGCUGCUUUUGAGGAGAAGAAUGUGGUCACCAAGCUGGGAGACACCUGGCAGGAGAGGCCCGGAGCCCCCGGAGGUGGCCAGGGAGACCCAGCUGCACCGACGCAGCAGCGUGAAGACCCGAGCGCCCCAGAGCGGCAGAGCGGCCCCCGGAGACCCGAGCAGUUCAUGGAAGUGGAGAGCCCGGCCAGCAGCACCUCGGCUGCUUUUGAGGAGAAGAAUGUGGUCACCAAGCUGGGAGACACCUGGCAGGAGAGGCCCGGAGCCCCCGGAGGUGGCCAGGGAGACCCAGCUGCACCGACGCAGCAGCGUGAAGACCCGAGCGCCCCAGAGCGGCAGAGCGGCCCCCGGAGACCCGAGCACUUCAUGGAAGUGGAGAGCCCGGCCAGCAGGGUGAGAAACCCCUCUGGCUGCCAGGUCACGGUUACAGUUAGCACUGCCGCUGAGCAGCCCUGCGCUCACACCCCGGCCUCCCCAGGUGAAUUGGAUGCCAGCUCAACCAGCAAAGGGAUCGUCUUCGUGAAGGAGUACAUGAAUGCCAGCGAGGUAUCUUCCGGGAAGCUGGUGUCUUCACGCUACAGCAGCGUCGGCAGCACCGAGGACUCGUUUGAUGUGGAGAAGAAUCCCCCACACGACGGCACACCGUACCCCGACAGAACGACUGGGGAGAUCUGUACUUAUUGCAACCGAGAGAUCCGAGACUGUCCAAAGAUUACCCUUGAACACCUUGGCAUCUGCUGCCAUGACUAUUGCUUUAAGUGCGGCAUUUGCAGUAAACCGAUGGGUGAGCUCCUGGGUCAGAUCUUCAUCCACCGUGACACCAUCCACUGUGGGAAGUGCUAUGAGAAGCUCUUCUAGCUCCCUCAGACUGAGAAGAAGCUGAUGACUCCUGGACAAGAUUGGCCAUCCUCAGUUGUCCCAAGUUGCUGGCUCCUUUUCCUCCACUUCCUCCCCAUUCGAUCGCUUUGUGCUUUUUGCCUCUCUCAAGUUGAAUUUGCUGACAUCGAGUAGUGUAUCUUAAUGAUGCUACGAUAAUUA